CCAUGCACCAGAGCAGAACAAGUUAAGACACACCAGGAUAGAAUGAAGGCAGGAAUAAAAAUAGAAGAGUUAGGGGUUCCCAUGUCAGUAGCAAGGGAUUGAGCUUGAGAAGAGAAACUUUAAGUCAAACUUCAACACAGGCCUUUAUACAGGUGAUUCACUCACACAACACUUACAUUUUUAAAGUAGUCAGUGGCACAAUAUUCUGAGAAGUUGCACGGGUGCUGUAAAACGUCCUUCAGAGCAAUUGCAACUUCUUGCUCGAAUUGUGGCUUUUACAGUGAAAGAAUGCUGGCACACCUGCUGUCCUUCGGCCGCUCUCUGGUGAGAAGGAAAAAUGUGGACUGUCUCGAGGAUUCCAAGCUGUGUCGUUGCCUCUCCACAGUGGACCUCAUUGCUCUGGGUGUGGGCAGCACACUAGGCGCCGGGGUCUAUGUCCUUGCUGGAGAAGUCGCCAAAGGCAACUCCGGCCCUAGCAUUGUCGUGUCUUUCCUCAUAGCAGCUCUGGCCUCUGUCAUGGCAGGCUUGUGCUACGCUGAGUUUGGAGCUCGGGUGCCCAAGACAGGCUCUGCAUAUCUGUAUAGCUAUGUGACAGUAGGGGAACUCUUGGCUUUCAUCACGGGAUGGAACCUGAUUCUCUCAUAUGUCAUAGGGACCUCAAGUGUUGCCAGAGCUUGGAGUGGAACAUUUGAUGAACUAGUAGGGGGCCAUAUUGAGCAGUUCUGCAAAUUACACUUCAGAAUGAGCCUGCCUGGCCUGGCAGAAUAUCCCGACUUCUUUGCAGCUUGCCUUAUAUUACUACUCUCAGGUCUUCUCUCCUUUGGGGUUAAAGAGUCAGCAUGGGUCAACAAAAUCUUUACUGCCAUCAAUGUGCUUGUGCUUAUGUUCGUCAUUGUUUCUGGUUUCGUCAAAGGAGAUUCUUACAACUGGAAGAUAUCAGAAGAAUCCCUUAUAAAUGUGACGAUUGUGACAAGAAAUCUGUCCUACACGGCAAAUGUUACCAGCGAUUACGGUGCUGGUGGAUUUUUGCCUUAUGGCUUCAGUGGAACCUUGGCUGGUGCAGCCACAUGCUUCUAUGCAUUUGUAGGAUUUGAUUGCAUUGCCACCACAGGUGAGGAGGUGAAGAAUCCUCAGAGGGCUAUUCCCAUUGGUAUAGUUGCUUCCCUGCUGAUUUGCUUCUUGGCUUACUUUGGUGUGUCUGCUGCUCUUACUCUCAUGAUGCCGUACUAUCUUCUGGAUGAGAAGAGUCCUCUUCCUGUGGCCUUUGACUAUGUUGGCUGGGGUCCUGCUAAAUAUGUGGUCGCAGUGGGAUCCCUGUGUGCACUAUCAACCAGUCUUCUGGGCUCCAUAUUCCCAAUGCCACGUGUAAUCUAUGCUAUGGCAGAGGAUGGGGUGCUUUUCAAAGUGUUAGCCCGAAUCAAUCCUAAGACGAAGACCCCGCUUAUUGCCACAAUGGCUUCCAGUGUAGUUGCAGCUAUCAUGGCUUGCCUUUUUGACCUAAAAGCCUUAGUGGACAUGAUGUCCAUUGGCACUCUGCUGGCAUACUCUUUGGUCGCUGCUUGUGUUCUUAUUCUCAGGUAUCGUCCUGACUCUGUGCUUGAGAACUCUAAAACUAAUGAGGUUGGGGAGUCUGAGCUGACUGAGUCUGAGUCUCAUCUCAAUAGGCUGAAAGAUGGGGAAAUGUCUCUGCAUACUCUCUUCAAUCCUUCCCUGCAGCCCACAAAGAACUCAUCCACUGCUGUUAACAUGGCUGUCGGGGUCAUAGCAAUUGUAGUGUGUGUCAUGAGUGCACUUACUACACAUUAUGGACAAGCCAUUCUUGCUUUGGAGCCCUGGGUCCUGGGAGUGCUGGCAGCAUCUUUUCUCAUCUUUUUCAUAUGUAUCGUCUUGGUCUUUAGACAACCGCAGACAAGCAAAAAGGUGUCCUUCAUGGUUCCCUUGCUACCCUUUUUGCCCAUUCUGAGUAUAUUUGUCAAUGUUUACCUCAUGGUGCAGCUGAGUGGAGACACAUGGAUCCGUUUUUCUGUUUGGAUGGCUGUGGGUUUCCUUAUUUAUUUUGGUUAUGGGAUGUGGCACAGCAGUGAGCACCAGAGGCAGCGACAGAGCACUGAAAAUGCACCAGAGAAACAGAGGAUGUUUUUACAGGACGGUGCUGUGGACAAAUACAUCCAAUCAGAGAAGUCCAGCCAGCUUUAAAUAGUGUGUUGCUGUUUACUGCUGAUUUCGCCUUAAAACUUUGUGUGUAACAAGCCAUUGUGCUUUGCCAUCUGAGACACCAGCUCAGUUCUGAGCCCAACGUCAGGCAUGGAUUGACAUUGCUUUCUCUUUUAAGAUCUACAGAUUAAUACUGACAUGAUUUUUGAAAUAUCUAUGAAAUAUGAUCAUACAAGAAUGAGAGGAAGAAGUGUCUUAACUUGAAAUGAAGACUGGAUUUCACAUGUUAACCGACUAACUGUUAACACUACAUCUUCAAUAGCAUAAGGUUUUUCAGACGCAUAGAGAAUAGCUGGGCCAAAGAACGUUAUCAGCCAGAUUAUAAUUUCCUUUUUCAUUAUAAGUUCCCAUAACCUAAAUACAAAUAUAGACUAGUUACUCUGUUUUUCAUGUUGUUUUUUAAAAACCAUAAUCAAUAUUUUGACUGCAUGGUCUUUGCGAUUCAUUUUCAUUGCUAUGUUUAGGCCUUUCUAAAGAUUAAAGAUUAAUUUUAAAAUAAACAAAAAAGAAUUUUAAUUUCAAAGGGCAAAUAAUAGGACUAGUGUUUUUUAUUUUAAGAUAGCACAGUGAGUUUUAUACUACAGUGUGUCUCAAAGGUCUCCAUACAUACACUAUGGGACUAUGUAAGUCAUCACCACAGCGGUUGUGUCUUCGUCAGUGGAUGUUCGUGGGCGUCCACCUCUCGGUCGGUCCACAAUACUUCCAGUCUUUUUGAAUUUGUUAAGAAGUUUGGCGGCAGUUUUGUGUGUGAUGUGCUUGCCACUUACAACAGCUUCCCGAUUCAGCCAAGAGAAUGAUUUCAAUAUGUUCUUCUCUCGUCAGAGGUAUUCUUAAAGGCUAUCUGAAUAUACAAUGCCCUCCACUAAUAUUGGCAUCCUUGGUGAAUAUGAGCAUAGACGGCUGUGAAAAAUUGUCUUUUUUAUCGUUUAACCAUUUGAACGUUUGUUAAAAAAAUUCACAAAAAUACGCAACUCUCAUGGAUAUCAAACAAUUGCAAACAAAACAGAGGUUUAUCCCCCCAAAAUAUAUUUGUUAAAUAUAGGUAUGCAACAAUUAUUGACACCCCUAUGAAUUAAUAUGGGAAAAAUAUAUUUAAAGUAUAUUCCACAUCUAGGUGACUAGGAACAGGAAAUUGUUCAACCAUGACUUCCUGUUUCACAUGGGUAUAAAUAUGAGGUGACACCUAGGUCAAAUUCCCUUAGUCAUUCAUAGCAGUGGGUGAGACCAAGAAAUAUAGCUGUGAUGUGCAGCAAAAAGUUGUUGAGCUUCACAAAAUGGGAAGUGGCUACAAGAAAAUAGCAAAAGCAUUGAAAAUGCCCAUUUCCAUCAUCAGGGCAAUAAUUAAGAAGUUCCAGUCAACUGGAAAUGUUAUGAAUCAACCUGGAAGAGGACAUGUGUCUGUAUUGUCUCAAAAAAUCUCCAAGGAUCACAGCUGGAGAACUGAAGAAUUUAGUUGCGUCUUGGGGUCAGAAAGUCCACAAAACUACAAUCCAAAGUCACCUACAUCACCACAAGUUGUUUGCAAGGAUUUCAAGAAAAAAGUCUCUACUCUCAUCCAAAAACAAACUCAAGUCUUCAGUUUUCCAGACACUACUGGAACUUCAAAUGGGAAUGGGUUAUAUGGUCAGAUGAAACCAAAAUAGAACUUUUUGGCAAUAAACACCAGAGGUGGUUUUGGCACACACAGAGAGGUAGCCAUAUGGAAAAGUAUCUCAUGCCCAUGGAGAAAUAUGGUGGUGGCUUUUUAAUGUUUUGGGGCUGUUUUUCUGCCAGAGGACCUGGACAAUUUGUUAGGAUACAUGGCAUCAUGGACGCUGAAAUUGUUUCAUAUCCCUGAGAGAAGAGUAUUUUUGGGAUUUUUAAAGCAAAAGAGCAAAAGGAUAAACAAUACAGACAAAUUUUCACAGCCUUCUUUGUUCAUAUUUAACAAGGGUGCCUUGGUAAAUGACUUUCCAACCUAUAAUUUCAUUCAGGACUUAGGAAAAGCAACUAAGCAAUGCUCAGUAUAUGUGGGAUCUUCCCCAAAACUGAAUGGCAAUUAGACCUUAUGAGUAAGACUGAGGGAAUACCAAGAAUGUACAAAGAAGGCUACUUUCAGAAAUAUAAACUCUAAGAUUGUUUGAAUGUUUUUAAUUCGUAUUGGCAAAUGUAUUAUUAUAUUUGUACCAUUUUAUAGUUUAGAUCAUCAGUAUGAUUAUAAACUUGAUGAUGAUGAUGAUGAUGAUAAACUUUUGGCUGUUACCACAGUGUCAUAGAUUGUGUUACAUUUAAACAAAUCUUAGCCACUACAGCAAUCAUAGCAUAGCCUACUGAUUAGCAUGUAUCACUCAUUCUGAUUAAUUGUUUAUGUUGAAGUAGUACACAGAGGGCUUGACCAGAAUUUUUUAAUAGUCUGGAGAAAUAACAUUAUGCAAGUAUUUAAUUUGUAGAAUAACGCUUAUGAAUGUUUUCUGUGAGACCUUAUGAAUUGAUUAAUGGAAUUCAUAAUUAAACUGUAUUACAAACAAA